AAUCUCUAAGCUCCAACGUUAAACCAAAGAAAAUUUUAGAACCCAAAAAUUUGAAGGAAAAAUUCUUAAAUCAAGAAAACUAGAAGAAAAUGGGUGCUAACUACUCAUCUACUCUGCAUGAAGCUAAUAAUAUGCCAACCACAGUACCACAAAUCAAGAGGUCUCAAGUAAUUGCUUUCCAUUCUACAACAAAAUGGAAGCUCCAUUUUGAUUCUUUGAAAGAUACAAACAAACUGGUUGUUAUUGACUUUACAGCAACAUGGUGUGGUCCUUGCAAAUAUAUGGAACCAGUUAUCAAUGAUUUUGCUGCUAAAUAUACAGAUGUUGAAUUUGUCAAGAUUGAUGUUGAUGAAUUGGCUAAAGUAGCUGAGGAAUAUGGGGUUCAAGCAAUGCCAACAUUUGUGCUGAUUAAAAAGGGGAAAGUUGUUGACAAGGUUGUGGGAGCAGAUAAGGAUGGACUGAAGAAGAAAAUUGAGAAACACAGAGCUAUGUUUAUCUAAGCAAACAAAAGACAUAUUUUGAGCAGAGUUUACUGGAAUGAUAGCCUCUGUGUAGAAUAAAAUUCAUAUCUUUAUCAAUUUUUAAUUGAAAAAAGCAGCUAGAUAUCCUCCAAUUUUUGCUCGCUUCUGAUUGUAAAGAGGCUGAUUAAAGCAUGUUGGUAUAUUGGUUUGAAUAAAUAAAUGUGUUUCUGGUUUUUAUUUUUGUU